AUGAGUACCCAAACUCAGACAGAGACAAUUCUUCUCCAGACUCGUGGUUCAAAUACUCAAACCCGCGAGCCGGAACCAGAUAUCCUACAAGACUCUGAACCAAAUCGACCACAAACAAAAUGGCUGUACCCAAAGAUCUUUAGCGCUGGAGUGUCCUUCUUCGUUGCAGGUGUCAAUGACGGAAGUCUCGGCUCCCUAAUUCCCUACAUUAUCCGUUCCUAUGAUAUUGGAACAAACAUGGUCGCAGUACUAUACGGCGUCACAUUCUUCGGCUGGCUUUUCGCAGCCAUUUCAAAUAGCUUUAUAGUUCAACACUUGGAUCUAGGCGCAAUGUUGACAAUAGGAGCCUUGCUCCAAAUUCUAGCCCAUGUGCUCCGCACCUGGAUGCCCCCAUUUCCGCUCUAUGCGGUCACUUUCCUGUUGGCGAGUCUCGGGCAGGCGUUCAAUGACACGCAUGCUAAUACUUUCGUCUCAUCCCAGCGAGGUGCACACCGUUGGCUCGGAUUCAUCCAUGCGAUGUAUAUGGCCGGAUGUCUGGCUGGACCGUUCGUGGCUACGGCUGUUGCAUCGGCUAAUGCUGAUUCGCAGUGGAAUCUUUUUUAUAUUUUUCCUUUGGGCUUGGGUGUUAUCAAUCUUGCCUUUGUUGCGCUUUCGUUCCAUGAUCGGAUGGCUGUUGGGAAGAAGCGUCGGGAGGAGAACUCCGAAGUGGGAUCUACAGGGAAGACUGCUCUAAAGGAGAUCAAAGCUACCUUAAGCACACCGGGUGUCUGGUUGCUGAGUUUGUUCUUCUUUUUCUUCCUUGGCGCGGCGAUUACCGCUGGUGGAAGAAGGCUCACAUUAACAGGAUGGAUGGUCGAAUACCUUGUCAAAGUCCGUAAUGGAGACGUCAAAGACAUGGGAUAUGUGCCUGCCGGUUACUACGGAGGCGGAUUCCUUGGCCGACUGAUCCUUGCAGAGCCAACGCAUCGCUUUGGAGAACGACGCAUGAUCUUCAUAUACGCGGUGCUGUGUGUUGGACUCCAGCUGGUAUUCUGGCUGGUCCCGAAUAUCAUUACUGAAGCUGUAGCUGUCAGCUUGUUGGGUUUCUUCUCGGGUCCAUUCUUUGCUACGGGCAUAUCUGUUGGAUCGAAAAUAUUCGCCCCGGAAAUCGUGUCAUCGGCAAUCGCGUUUGUCUUUGUGCUGGGACAGAUCGGUGGAUCUAUCUUCCCAGCUAUUACGGGCAUUAUCGCUGGUCAAGUCGGUGUCAAAGUGCUUCAACCGAUAUUGGUUGGCUUGCUUGGUGCUGCGGGUGUGAGCUGGCUGCUACUUCCCAAGGAUGCGGAGCUUCAUCGAGAUUAG